AUGACGGUGGCUCGAUUAAUCCUUCGCUCCCUCCGCCGUCCCGUAUCUCUCCGCACCACCACUACCACCAUCAUAACCGCCGCCAUAAACCCUCAAUCUCUACCACUCCAGUCUCAAACAACAAACCUUAACUCCUUAAUCCCUCUUAGAACCUUCGCCCUUUCUUCGGCCGCAGAACACCUCGACCCUAAUAUACCUGAUUCUUUAACAGAUCUCGCUCAUGGACCUCGACUCAGUCUCCACAACCGCGUCCAAUCGCUAAUCCGAGCCGGUGAUCUCGACAACGCCUCUGCUCUUGCUCGACACUCACUUCUUUUCAGCAUACGUCCCACCGUUUUCACCUGCAACGAAAUCAUCGCCUCAAUGUAUCGUACGAAGCGGUAUUUAGACGCCAUAGCUCUUUUCAACUACUUUUUCAAACAAUCGAACAUAGUUCCUAAUGUUGUCUCCUACAAUUUCUUGAUUGGUCUGAUUGAUGCUGGGCGUAUCGAUGAAGCAGUGAGCUUACUAUGGACAAUGAUUUGGAAUGGCAAAGGCGCUGACUCUCAUGUCUUCAACAACAUAUCAUAUCUGGAUAUCUCAAUUUGGAUAAUCUGGAAAAAGCGAAUGAAUUCUUUGAUGAACUUAAAUUCAGUUGCAGGGUUUAUGAUGGUAUCAUCAAUGCAACCUUCAUGGAGUGGUUCUUCAGUAAAGCUAUUAGAGGUUCUUCUCAAGUGGGACAAGAAACCAGAGGCCGAAGCUUUGUUCAAUAGCAUGUUAGAUACACACAACCCACAUGUUUUCUCAGCAGUGAAUUCCGAUACUUUCAAUAUCAUGGUGAAUGAAUGUUUCAAAAUCGGGAAAGGGUCAGAAGCUUAUAGUGUUUUCAAAAAGGUUGGUAAAUCACCAAAGUCAAAGAAGCCUUUAAUUGACAUGGAUAGAGAGACGUACUUUGAUAAUGACGUUAUGGAUAGUGUUUUCAAGAAGAUUUUUAACGCACCAAUGACUAAGUCUUUUUCAAUGGAUACAGCGGGUUAUAGUAAUAUCAUAAUGAGGUAUUGUGAGAAUGACAUGAUAGAUGAUUCAGAAAAAAUGUACGUGGAAAUGCUUAUGAAGUAUUUAUCACCUGAUGUCAACAUUUACAAGACUUUGAUUGAUGCUUAUUUUAACGCUGGAAGAAUUGAUAAAGCUAUUGAGAAGUAUACGACGAUGGUGGAUGAUGGUUUGAGAGUGAUUCCUACUAAUGCCAACAAAUGGUUCUCUAAUAUGAUUGAGAAUGGAAAGGUUUUGGAGUGUGAGCGAAUUUUGACUAAAAUGGGUAAAAGAGACCCGAAACCGGAUGCUACUACUUAUGAUAUUGUGAUCAGAGCAUGUUGUGGAGCUUUAUAUUAUGAGAGGGGUUUGUUUUUGUUGCAACAAAUGGUUAAUUAUGAUGUUGGGAUUGUCCCUGUUCUUGGGGAGUAUGCUUUAGAGGUGUUUGGUAAGAUGGGGCGUGACAAUGAGAUUUAUUUGCUUCUAAAUGGAAAAUGCUCUGGUUAUAAAGAAAAUAUGUCGGCUUUUAAUGCACAAGAACAUGGAGGUGAAACCUGA